UUUGUAUUCUCGGAUCUUAAAACAGAUCUUCACCAUCACCAGAUUAUCCACCAUUAACACCCACUUCACUCAGAGCCCAACAGCUGUGUGGAGCGCUCUCUCAGGGCUGUUUUCAUUGGUUCCCUGCUGUGGUUCAGGACCAGUACAGCACCUUGGUUUUCCUGGCGUGGCCGUACUACCUGCUGAUUAUUUCUGAAACGCUUUAUUUCAGGUGACGCGGCCGACAGCUGAGCGUCCAGAAAUGCGAGUGUCAAGGUUACGCGGGGGCUAUUCUGUCCUCUCUGGCAUCUCUCGGCCAGCGUCGCAGGGUUUGUCAGCUCUAAUAAUAGUGUGGAUCAGGUUCAGCAGCCCGUCACAAUCCCUGUGCUGCUGGGAGGAAGAGGAGGAGGAGCUGCUUCACUCUUUGUCUUUGCUCGGAGACGCUGAGAGUCGCUGAAGCGUUUUGAUGAUCGUUCCUUUAGAGUCUUUGUUCUUUCGGAUUGUUUUUAUCUCGUCUGUCGCUUCGUUGACUUCCUCCUUGAACUCUUAAAGCUGCUUUUUUGCCUCGUUUUCUUCAAGCACGCCGUCACCUUCUUGAGAAGACUCCGAUAGUUGUGGGUGGUGCCUCCGCCCAUGGAGCGAUACCGCCACUACGCCAGCUCCUACACCUCCUCUCCUGGUGCAGCUCAUGUAGAGGAGAUCCACGCCGAGGAGGAGGAGGUGGAGGAGGUGAUGUACACCGAAGAGGAGGUGGAGCCGCUGUUAAAGGAUGAAACGCAGCCUCUGCUGCAGGAGACAGGAGGCGUGGAGGGGGAGGAGGAAGUGACACGUGCACAGAAGGAAGUGCAGCCUGUUGUCCAGGAGACAGAGGGGAAGACGGUGCCGGUGGAGAGCAAGAAUGGAAAGAGGACAGAGGGAGGAGGCGGAGGAGAUGCAGGUGGAGGCCCGAAGUACUCCGUGUUCACCUGGUUUGUGGUCCUGGGUCUGCUGGGCGUCUGGAGCUCUGUGGCCGUGGUCUACUUCGACAUCGUGGACUACGACGCCGUGAUCGCCAGAGCUAAGGAGUUUCGUAUGAACUUUUCUGAAGUUUUACAAGGUAAACUGACGGCCUACGACACAGACGGAGACGGAGACUUUGACGUGGAGGACGCCAAAGUUCUGCUCGGCCUGACCAAAGAUGGCAGCGGUAGUGCGAAUGCCGAGUCGCUCGAGGAGGUUCUUAAUAUUUUAGCUGAGGAGGGCUCUGAUUGGAUCUAUGGCUUCUUCACCUUCCUUUAUGACGUAGUGUCCUCGCCCUUAGAGCCAGGUGAGGAGGAGGAAGCGGCGGCCUCUGAGAUGAUGGAGGAGGAGGAGGAGGGCGGGACAGCCUCCUCGGAUGACGGGGAGGUUAAAGGGGUCAUACUGGACCUCCAGAACCAAUAGCAGAGACACAGGCGGUAGGGAGGCUGCCUGGUCCCGACCAGACUGGGAUGUGCUGUAGCCCAGUAUGAUUGGAGGAGGCCAAACAGGGCAGACUGGUUUUAAUUUAAUAAAUCCGAAACACCACAAGCAGGAAGAACUGAAGGCUGAAGUGAUUCCAGAUAACGAUCGACGGGAUUCGUUUGUUUGACAUUAACAGAUUUUCUCCAUCAGAUAAAAAUGUCCUGCGAGGUCAGAGGUCAAACGGUAAAGCAGGUGCUAGAGGCAACUGGAGGAAUUUUUAGGGACGAUAACGAGUUUGAAUUGAACCCAGCUGUUACCUCCGCUCUCAUUCAUGAUACAUUUUAAAACAGGCAGAAGACGUAACGACCGACCGUGAACAAAACGAGAGCUUUGGUGCUGUAGCUGCACCGUACGGAGGUUCGAAAGUGCCAGGGUAACAAAGUAAACAAGGCAGUAAAUAAUUCACAAUAUAGAAAUAAAAUACUACAAGACACCACUGACAACCAGUCAAAGGGAAGCCAAUAAAAAAUAAUUCAAUAGAAAAAUUCAGAAUUUAUUCAAAAGGGAAAGUAAUUAUUGUCACGUUUACUUAAACUAUAAACACCUUUAUUCAUUUCUGUAUAAUUUAUGAUGCAUUUAACAGUGAAAUAUUCAAUAUAUUAGUUAUUUAAUUUAAUUAAUGUUUACAUGUUUGGUCCUCUGUAUAAGCAUUAUGUAAUAUAAAAUCAGUUAUCCUAAAAUAUCUGUGGUCACAGGUCACGAUCUUUGAUGUCACAGAGGGCAUUUAUCCUCUUUACUCACCUUUAUUUUCUCAUUUUUGUACGCAGCAUAAAUGUGUUUGUGACUUAUUUUAUUGUAAAGUGCUGGACUUGGUGCACAAACACAUUUGUGCGUAAUGUAUUUGAGCCCAUAAGCUGUUGUGAUUAUUUUCUCUGCACACUGUGUGUCUGCGUUUCGGUAACAAAAAGCAGGGCUGUGAUGUCACGCGGUUUCAUUCAGGUCAGUUUUAAAAUCUUUACGGCGAUGUUGCUAAAACUGAUCAGAAAUCUGUCGUUGGAGUAGUUUGGAGCUUAUUCGUGGUGCGUGCUUCUGCGUUGUUACGUAUCGAUCAGUUUGCAGUCGUUUCAUACCAGUGGCGCAGAAACACAACUCGGACUUUUGUGAGGUCACUUGGGAGUUUCCAGGGUUAUAAAGAAGGUUUGCUGUUUGUGGUAACUUGUGCUGCUGGUCUAACCUGCUGCACAGCUGAUUGUUGCUGAGAUAAGAGAUCAGCUAGUAUGAAAUCACCACCUCAAGUCCUGCCAUGAUCCCUCAGAGCUCAGAGCGUAAGAGGACCAAAGAUUGUUGGGUGUAAAAACAUGGUCACUGUUCUAUAAGCUCAGAAAUCCUAAAAUAGAGCACUUACCGCUCGUAUGUGUUGACUUGUUCCCCAUUUAUCAUCAGCACGAUUGCAGCUGAAGGUCUGCUUUCUAAACUCUGCACAGGUUUAAAUUAAAUUAAUGCAAUUUUAGCUGUAGCUGUGUCAUCAUGAGAGCUGUGAUAGUAAUGAGUCUGUUAGCUUACAGCCCUUCCUGGCUUUAAAUAAACUUUAUUAAUAUACA